AUGAUGGAUAUAUGUUACGAAGUGGUGACCGAUGCAUCGGUUUCAUCGGCGUAUGAGUCGAGACCGUCGCAUUCUGGACGGAGACAGAGGUUUCCGUUGGAUCAGACGGUGAUGCAAGAAGAGUGGGAGAAGAACUGUAAGCGUAAUAAACUGGAGGCUAUAUCUACAAGAUGUUCGUCGAUUUCUCAGAAAGAUUUCUCUGUAAGAGAUGACGAUAACGAGUCUCCGAUGACGGAGCUUAGUCCGAGAUACGGCGUUUCUUCGGUGUGCGGUAGGAGAAGAGAAAUGGAAGAUGCGGUGGCGAUUCAUCCUUCGUUUUCUUCUUCGGAAUAUCCUCAACACUACUUCGGUGUCUACGACGGUCACGGUUGUUCCCACGUUGCAGCGAGGUGUAGAGAGAGGCUUCACAAGCUGGUGGGAGAGGAAAUGAAUAAAUAUGGCAAAGAGAAGGAAGAAGAAGAAUGGAAAAAGACGAUGGAGCGUAGCUUCAUGCGCAUGGAUAAAGAGGUUGUGUCGUGGAGUGAGUCCGUCGUGAGGGCGAAUUGUAAAUGCGAGCUUCAAACGCCGAACUGUGACGCCGUCGGAUCAACCGCGGUUGUCUCGGUUAUUACGCCGGAUAAAAUCGUCGUCGCUAAUUGCGGCGAUUCCAGAGCAGUUCUUUGCCGGAAUGGAAAACCAGUCCCAUUAUCGACCGAUCACAAGCCGGAUCGUCCAGACGAAUUGGAUCGGAUCGAGGGAGCUGGAGGACGGGUCAUAUACUGGGAUUGUCCGAGAGUUUUGGGGGUCUUAGCAAUGUCACGAGCCAUAGGAGACAAUUACUUGAAACCGUACGUGAGUUGCGAGCCGGAGGUAACCGUAACGGACAGAGACAGGAUGGAUGAUGAUUGUCUCAUACUAGCAAGCGAUGGUUUAUGGGAUGUGGUGUCAAACGAGACCGCCUGCUCGGUGGCGCGUAUGUGUCUCCGUGGUGGUAGGAGGCGGCGAGGUGGUCGAGAUCCAUCGGUGGUGGAUUCGGUCUCGGACAACAAGGCGUGUAUGGAAGCGUCAGUGUUGCUGACGAAGCUGGCGUUGGCGAGACGCAGUAGUGACAACGUGAGUGUCGUAGUGAUUGAUCUCAGAAGAGAAGGACACGUUACUGGACACUAA